AGGGAAGUUGGGGAAGGCAUUUUUGGUGGAUGGUAUGAAGCCAGCCAUGGAAACUGCAGCAGAAGAAAACCCAGAACAAAGCCAAGAGAAAAAAGUGAUCACCAGAGGAGAAAUGGAAAUUGGCAGGUACCGCUGGCUGUACCGGAGCUCAAGGCCACACCACUACCAUCGUGGGCCAGCAGUGAGAGGCAGUGUUAGUCCUUUGGGAACACCAGGUUGCUUCGAAUGCUGCAUCAAGUGCCUGGGAGGAGUUCCGUAUGCUUCGCUGGUGGCAACGAUCCUCUGCUUCUCGGGGGUCGCGCUGUUCUGCGGCUGCGGACACGUGGCGCUCACCGGGACCGUGUCCAUCCUGGAGCAGCACUUUUCCACCAACAGCAGUGACCACGCCUUGCUGAGCGAGGUAAUACAGCUGAUGCAGUAUGUUAUCUAUGGAAUUGCAUCCUUUUUCUUCUUGUAUGGGAUAAUUCUGUUGGCGGAAGGCUUUUAUACCACAAGUGCCGUGAAGGAACUGCAUGGUGAGUUUAAGACGACCGCCUGCGGCCGCUGCAUCAGUGGAAUGUUUGUUUUCCUCACCUAUGUGCUCGGAGUGGCCUGGCUGGGCGUGUUUGGGUUCUCCGCUGUGCCCGUCUUCAUGUUCUACAACAUAUGGUCAUCUUGCGAAGUCAUCAGAUCCCUCCAGACAAACAUGACGGCUCCCGGCGACCAGAUCUGCGUGGACAUCAGGCAGUACGGUAUCAUUCCUUGGAACGCUUCCCCAGGAAGGGCUUGUGGCUCAACUCUAGAGAGCAUCUGCAACACUAAUGAGUUCUACAUGUCCUAUCACCUGUUCAUCGUGGCCUGCGCCGGAGCAGGGGCCACUGUCAUUGCACUGAUCCACUUCCUCAUGAUACUGUCUUCUAACUGGGCUUACUUAAAGGAUGCCAGCAAAAUGCAGGCCUACCAGGAGAUCAAAGCAAAAGAAGAACAGGAACUUCAGGAUAUCCAGACUCGGUCAAAAGAGCAACUCAAUUCUUACACAUAAAUGUUGGCCAGAGCCAUUCGCAACGAGAGAGUCUGUAGCUCUGACCGAUCAUCAAAUGGCUGCUCUGCAGUACGGAUGUCUGUUCACCAAACUAACCCGGGAGUAGAAAAGCUUCCCUCUCCGACUCCUAGGAAAAUCUUCCCCGUGGGUAAAUCUUUUAUCCUUUAGACCAGAUAACAGAGGGAAACCUUAGCCAUUUUAAAAAGGCAACACUUUGUCCGGAUGAUCUUUUGUCCUUUGAGAGCGGGGGACUGACCACAUUCGACUCGGACGGCCUCUGAUCCCGUUGUGAUGGAAGGCACUCCGGCGAAGCAGUGGUUGUGCGGUAGCUAGUCCCGCCUGCCCUUUAACAAAGGCUCCGAAUACAAAUCCACAAGCAAGGGGUCCGAUUUAUAACAGCUGAUAGUAAGUGAGCUUCAGGGUGCCUGAUGUCCCGACUGGCCCCAGCCUGGGCCAGGUGAAUUCUCUGGACCGGUCAGAGGCAGCUCUAAGCUAAUCCUAUCGUGAGCCAUUAAUUCUACUGUACUUACUAUUGGAAUAAGCUGAUUUCUGCCUUGCCUCAUUGGCCAGCCCCGCAGAAUCUAUUUUAUAAAUCAUCAGAUGUAAUGAAAUGGUGCAAACGGUCAUGGUCUUCUUUCUUGGGGGCGGGAAACAGUGUCAGCUUUGCCUUAACGUUUAUUUCCUUUCAAUGUCUCAGCAUUUCUAUGGCAGCCUAUGGAAGACCAUGACUCCACAGUAUUUCAUUCCUACGUUAAACCGUGUUACCUUGUUAAAAUGCAAUCCAAUCCUCAUUAAAUGGUCUGGAUAGAAAACUUGCAGUUUCCCCACAGAUCACUAGCCCACAGACUUCCGGCCUCUUUAGAACAUGAUACUUAAAUCGAAGCGGUAUUGACUUUCACGUAGACGACUAUUAGUUAUUCCCUGAAAUGUAAGAUUUUUUUGACGAGAAGUUACUUCAGUGGAAGCCGUUUUCAUCAAAAACUCACCUUCUGAAUCAUUGUUUUCCAGCAACCUUAAGUGAUUAUAUCUAUUUGGUAUUAGUGAUGGUAAACUUUGUGUUGUUCUUUAAAAAAAAAAUGAUCUAAUUGUUGGGUACAUCAUCAGUGCUUUUGAAAAGAUUCUACCUAAUUUAAAGUUAGCCAUGUAUAUCCAUGUUAAGAGUUGAAGACUUGUGGUUUGACCGUUUCCUGGAUAUUCAGACGCGUACGUGUGGAAAUGCAUUCAAAUGAAACGAAGCAAAAAUGUACUUAGAAGCAUACGUUUCAGGUAUCGCAUUCCAUUUGAAUUAUUUUUUCUGAUUAAAUGCCUAAAAUACCUAAUUUGACUAUUUUUAAGUAAGGGGAGGGGGAGGGGGAAAACAGGUGUAAUGGAAUAGCCUAGUGUUUGUUUUCCUGUUGCAUGAAGGUGAUUUAGAUAUUACAUAUUUUUUACAGCAGAGCAGGUGCUGUUACGUAGUCCAGUGUUCUCAGACCAGGGUUUGGGAGGCAGCGUCUUAAAGCCUAAUUCUUUUCUAAUUCUACGUAGCUAUUUCUGGGAGUUUUCGAGUUUUGUUUUCGUCUUAAUAUUUUUUAUGUAAAGAGCAUUAAAAAUUUUGCUAUGUACAAAUUUUUGUAACCUAACAGUGGAUCUCAAUCUUUUCUAUCAGUGCCAAGGGCUUCCUGUAGUUAUAUUCAAGUGUUCCAAUAAAUAUUUGUAGAUAAGAGCCAA